AUGGCGCCCUUCUUCUCCGUUCCCCCUUCAAUCGUCGCCUUCAAUGCCCACUUCCCCCUCAAAACAUAUCCGCCAAUAAAGUCUUCUAAUAAGGUCCACAUAGAUGCACCGACACUAUGGAUACACCCACCGAGGUCUACCUCUCAACCCAUAGACAAUCUCCUAAGCUCGGACGUAGAAUGCCUCAAAUGGCAAGCAUACCUGGCACUUCGCAACCUCAGAAACGUUAAACUGCGAUGGGAUAUUUCUCCUGAUGGGAGCAUAGACGGUGCACUACCUAAUUUGCAUGUACCCAUAUCCGACGCUCUAUCCAUCGCUCAAAAGCCAACCACAAAUGGUGCAGAGGAUGGCGAACUUCUUGCGGCUCAUUCCAUUCCAUCAUGGGUCGAUGCAAAGCUCGGUGUUGACUCUAGUUCCGAUCCUUUAGAAGGCUACAAAGACUCUGCUGCUCGGGUUGAGAGCAGAGCCUGGGUAUCUCUUCUCGAAGGUGUUGUCCAUGCUGCGUUGUUAACAUCUACUCCAACGCCAUCGUAUAUUCACUCCCUCUUAUUCCCAAAGCCUAUGCCUCCUAUCAGUGAAAGCCUUCAAAAAAUCCUUUCGCCGCCUCCAGCACCAUUGACGGGUUUAUGUUCAUUGAUUCCUCCGAGUGGUGCGCGCAUCAACACCUCUGCGAUCCUUUCUCAGUACAAGGAUGCGAUUGCGUCUCUCUCUGACCGGCUUGGCACGGAUAACUGGUUCUUGAGUUCACAAGAACCUACACCGCUUGAUGCUCUAGCGUUUGCAUACUUGCAUUCCAUCCUGCACUCUUCGGAUAUCGUCAGGAUCGAGGUUACACGACGUGUUAAUCUCGUUGCCUGGGAAUGGAAAGUUCGUCGCAUUGUACGGGAAGCUUUCGUCAUAUAG